AUGACUGCGAAAGCGCUUGGUAAGAGCUUGCUCUCUGAAGUAGAGGAGGAUGGAUUGGAUGAUCUGUUGCAUUUGGUCAGUGGGAAAGCAUUUCCACCAACAAAUAUCCCAUCUUGUUUCAAUAUUCCAGAACUUGAUAAUCUGCUUAGAAUUUCUCAAUUGGCUGCAUUGGCUGCAGAAAAAGCUCCGCAAGCCCAAUAUGCGUCUCCGCAAGCCAAAGUCGGAGAUGCCAUAUCAAGGCGCAGCCUCAACCCACUUGUCUUGGAAAUCUCAGAUACAGCACCCUGCUCAGGCAAGACGCAUUUUCUUUAUUAUUUAACUGCUAUAUCAUUGCUUCCAGUCAAUUUCCAAGGUUUAUUCAUCAAUGGGAAGGAUGGCAUUGUGGUGGUCCUAGACACCGAUAGACAAUUUAGCGUCCGAAGAUUAUCACAGGUCAUGCAUCAUUACGUGCACCAGAGAUUGUCCGCCUCUGACGUCCAAGCCCAACAGACCUGUCAUCUUGAUAUAGAUAGUAUGGUCAAAUCUUCAUUGUCGCAUCUGCAUCUAUUCCGACCGCAAUCCUCUGCCUCUCUCCUUGCCACAGUUGGAAGUCUUCCAAAUUACCUCUUCGACUUGACGGCUCAUUUUUCAUCAGGCAAAGCUUUACAAACUGUUCUUUUGGACAGUGUUAGUGCCUUUUAUUGGCAAGACCGGAUGCGAGUUGAAAGGACGGCUGAAGUGGAGAAACAGAAUGAGAGCACUGCAAAAAGUUUUCGAAACCUGAUGGAUGGAUUGUAUAGUUUACAACAGCAAUUCAGAUGUAUAAUUGUUGCGACAAAUUGGGGUCUCAUUCCGAAUUAUUCCAAAUCGAGGCCACUAACAUUUCAUCCUCAUCUACCGCACAUUUGGAAUAGAUUUUGCAACCUUCGACUCAUUGUAAGCAGACCAAGAGCAGAGAGGCUCAUGCCUACAAUGAGUGCGGAGGAAGCUCGACAAUUAGGUCAUUCUACCACCGACCAAAAGAACAUCAUGUUCAUUGUCCGCAUUGAUACGUCCGACCGCGAUCCGACGAAAGGAAAAAUCGCAGAGCUUCUCCGACAAAAUCGGAUUUCAGACAGCUUUAGGUUCUGGGUGAACGAAGAAGGAGUCUGGAUCGACGGUUAG